UAGCUGGCUAGCAGUUAUUAGUCAGCUCGAAAAGCCAGCCAGUAGGUUUGAAAAGGAUGUACAAUUCAACGUAUUUUACUACAAGACAGGUUUUAAUAUUCGGGUAAGAUAGCAAUAGCAAACAGGUACACCACCUUGUAGAUACAUACCUUUGCGGGUUGCUUAUGUUUUUGACUGUUAGCUAAUUUAAUUGCGUAAUUUUACUGCUUGAUUCUGAACGACAACGUCAUUAGCUAACAGGCUAACGUUAGCUGAAUGUAUUUGGUUAGCCAGUCUUGAUUUAAUCAACAAGGGAACUACAAAAGCAGCUUUUUAAAUUAUCCGUCAGCUGUAUGCGGGAAACACAAUAAGGAAAGGAGUCAUCUUAGACGAUGAGAAAAACAACUGAACAAGGUGCUGGGUGGUGAGAGAACAGAAGGCAGUGUGGACGGCAUGCUGAGGCGACUACACCUGCCCCAGAAUGAGUGUCAAUGAUGGCGAAGGCGGAGCAGCUAGCAAAGAUGGGCGGGCCUACAGCCUGCAGGUUUACCCACGGCUCUCAGCGGACUGCCCACCUUGCUGUUCCCUCAAGGUGCCCAAGGAUGCCACGGCUGCCUCUGUCAUCCAGGACGCAGCCUCGGCCCUGGGUGUGGACCCGCAACUCCUCUACGUGCUGGCCGAGGUGAAGGAGUGCGGCGGGGAGGAGUGGGUCCUGGAGUCGGGGGACCUCCCCGUCCAGAGGGUCCUGCUGUGGCCUCGCAAAGCCCAGGAGCAGCACCCCCAGAGCGAGGGCUUCUACUUUGUUCUCCAGGAGAGGAACCGCGACGGCACCAUCCACUAUGUCCACCUUCCCGUCCUCUGCAAGGAGCAGGAGGCACAGAGGUUGGCGGCCAGAGGCUUCCUCCCCCCGCGCCAGGAGGACUUUGAUGACCUGUGCAACCUCCCAGUGCUCAAUGAGAGCAGCAUCCUGGAUAACCUGCGCAACCGCUUCCACAAGAAAAAGAUCUACACCUAUGCCGGGUCUAUCCUCAUUGCCAUCAACCCCUUUAAGUUCCUACCCAUCUACAACCCCAAGUACGUCAAGAUGUACGAGAACCAUCAGCUGGGGAAACUGGAGCCGCACAUCUUUGCCAUCGCGGACGUGGCCUACUACGCCAUGCUAAGAAAGAGGGUAAACCAGUGCAUCGUUAUCUCUGGGGAGAGCGGCUCAGGAAAGACUCAGAGCACCAACUUCCUCAUCCACUGUCUGACUGCCCUCAGCCAGAAGGGCUAUGCCAGUGGAGUGGAGAGGACCAUCCUGGGUGCUGGGCCUGUGCUGGAGGCGUUUGGGAAUGCCAAGACGGCCCACAACAACAACUCCAGCCGUUUUGGGAAGUUCAUCCAGGUCAACUACUUGGAGAGCGGGGUGGUGAGAGGGGCAAUCGUGGAGAAGUAUCUCCUGGAGAAGUCUCGCCUGGUCUCCAGAGAAAAGAAUGAGAGGAACUACCAUGUGUUUUACUAUCUACUGGUGGGAGCGUCCGAGGAGGAGCGCAGGGAGUUCAAACUCCUGCAGCCUGAAGAUUACCUCUACCUCAAGCAGCAAAACUUUAAGAUCGAAGAUGAAGAAGACCUGCGUCAUGAUUUUGAGAGGCUGCAGCAGGCCAUGGAGAUGGUGGGCUUCCUGUCUGCCACUAAGAAACAGAUCUUCUCUGUGCUGUCGGCCAUCUUGUACCUGGGCAACGUGACGUACAGGCAGACGUCUACAGGCCGAGACGAGGGACUGGACGUGGGACCACCGGAAGUCCUGGCUACCCUCUCAGACCUGCUCAAGGUGGAAGAGGAGUUGCUGGUCGAGGCACUAACUAAGAGGAAAACGGUGACAGUCAAUGACAAGCUGAUUCUGCCCUACAGCCACAGUGAGGCCAUCACUGCGAGAGACUCCAUGGCCAAGUCUCUGUACAGUGCACUGUUCAACUGGAUUGUCCUGCGCAUCAAUCAUGCACUGCUCAACAAGAAAGACAUGGAGGAAUCUGUCCCGUGUUUGUCAAUAGGGGUCCUGGACAUAUUUGGCUUUGAGGACUUUGAGACCAACAGCUUUGAGCAGUUCUGUAUCAACUAUGCAAACGAGCAGCUUCAGUAUUACUUCAACCAGCACAUCUUCAAACUUGAGCAGGAGGAGUACCAGGCGGAGGGCAUCACCUGGCACAACAUAGACUACACUGACAACGUGGGCUGCAUCCACCUCAUCAGCAAGAAGCCAACUGGUCUCCUGUACCUACUGGACGAGGAGAGCAACUUCCCCCAUGCCACUGAUAAGACCCUGCUGGCCAAGUUUAAGCAGCAGCACCAGGACAAUAAGUACUUUGUGCCCACGCCUGUGAUGGAGCCUGCCUUUGUCAUCCACCACUUUGCUGGGAAAGUCAAAUACCAGAUCAAGGACUUCCGGGAGAAGAAUACGGACCACAUGCGUCCAGACAUUGUGGCUCUACUGCGCAGCAGUGACCGGGCCUACGUGCGUCAGCUGAUCGGGAUGGACCCUGUGGCCAUGUUCCGCUGGGGCAUCCUGCGAGCCACCAUCAGGGGGAUGGCUGCCUUCAACGAGGCUGGACGCCGCUGGGCCGCCAAGACCGCAGGUGUGCAGCGCCCCACUUCCAGGACUCCUUUGGGGGAGCUGCAGAGGUCCAAUACGCCUGUAGAAAGGAUGUACCGACGGGCUUCUAUGCUCGAUUUCUACUUUGAUCACUCUGACGAGCGCCCACUAGAGGCCUUCGAAGACAUCUUUGCUAGCUAUGAGAGUAAGAAGGACAUGCAUGCCCAGAUAAUCAGCUCCAUUAAGGACUUGCAGCUGGAUGGUGAGGACCCUCGCAAGCUGCUGCAGUCCUGGGGUCGCCUGCGGUUCCCUCGACACCUCCUUCAGAAAAACAAGAACGCGAAGCAGAAACAGAUCAUACCCAAGAGCCUGCUGGACUCUCGCUCCCUGAAGUUCAUCGUCGGUCGGACCAUCCACGACCGCUCCACCAAGUCUCUGCAUCACCUCAACAAGAAGAAGAAGACCCCCAGCAUCAGCGCUCAGUUCCAGAGCUCUCUGACAAAGCUGCUGGAGAAUCUGGGCAGAGCAGAGCCCUUCUUCGUCCGCUGUAUUCGCUCCAACUCUGAGAAGAAGGAGAUGUGUCUGAAUGAGACCCUGGUGCUGCAGCAGCUGCGCUACACAGGCAUGCUGGAGACUGUUCGCAUCCGAAGGUCUGGCUAUGGAGCCAAGUACACCUUCCAGGAAUUCAUCGAGCAAUUCCGAGUGCUGCUGCCCAAAAACGCCACACCCUCCAAGCCAGAGGACAUCUCAGCCUUGUUCCAGAGGAUGAAUCUAGACCACACCACCUACCAGAUAGGCAAAACCAAGGUUUACCUGAAGGAACUAGAGCGUCAGCAGCUGCAGGACACGCUGCACAAGGACGUGAUGCGUAAGAUCAUCUUCCUGCAGCUCUGGUUCAGGGCGCGCCUGGAGAGGAGGUACUUCUUGGAGAUGAGACAGGCGGCCAUCUUGAUCCAGCGUGCAUGGCGUAGGCAACACAAGGAGAGACAGCGUCAGGCGGCCACGCUGAUUCAGGCCGUUUGGAGGGGCUCUAGACAGAGAUCACAGUACCUCCGCAGGCGGACCAGCAUCAAGAAGAUACAGGCUCUGGCCAGAGGACACUCAGCACGGAGGAGGUGCCAUUCAAUACGGGAGGACAGGAGGAAAAAGGAGGAUGAGGAAGAAGAGGCCAGGAGGAAAGAAGCUGCAGCUAGGCUAGUGAGAGAGGCAGAGGAGGCAACCCGACUGGAAAUGGAUGCAGAGGAAGAGGCGUUCAGGAGAAAGAAAGAGGCAGAGUGGGAGUCCGCGGAGAGGAGGGCGAGGGAGAAUGAAGAGGCAAGGCUGAGGCAGGCAGAAAGCGUCAAUGAGGAACCUGAGACACAGGAGGAACUAGAGGCACAGGUGGUAGCUGAAAGGACUCUAGAUGAGAGCCGGCAUUGGGACAAAGUGCCUGUCCAGGACAAGGAGGAGCAGAGGGAGGAAGUGGAAGAUGGAGAAGCUGCAGCUAGUUCACCUUCUGAGAAGGUGGAAAAGGGGAAUGCCUCUGCAGUCUCCCAGCCUGAUAAGGGCAACAGUACACAGGCUGAGGCUGGACCCCAGCUGGAGGAGGAGAGCCAGGCUGUGGAGGAACAGGAGCAAGCCCUCUCUGAGGAGCCCGAGGAGGAGGGGACCACAGAGGCAGCUGCCCCCCACUCACCAGAGAGACGCAAGGGGGCUCAGGCGGCUGCGGAGGCUACCCCCUCUGCAGACCCCCAGUCGGGGCAGAAGAAGCUACGUCCUCCCCCCCUCCACAAGGUCACAGCCUCCAGGAGCCAGGAGAAGAGGGAGCUUCGGCGCCAGCGGGGCCUGGAGCACAGCCAGAGAGAGAGUAAGCGGGUCGCCUCGGCAGCCACCAAGGAGGAGCCAUCCCCUAAGGUCAUAGAUCAGGAGGCAGCCAGCCGAGCCGAGGAAAAGCCAAAAGGCCGGACGGAUAGCAAGGAGAUGGACCAGUACACCUUUGUAGCCUGGAAGAAGGACGACAAGGGGAAGAAGGAAGCCAAAGCCACCACCCCUGCUCCUAUACGCCCCAGCACCUUACCCCUGAACCCCCCUGAGCCAAUGGCUAACAGGAACGGCCAUGAGGUCCUGGGUCCAGGCAACCUGACUCGGUACAGCCAACAGGACGCUAUGAAGGAGAAGGCAGAGAAAUGGAAGGAGGGGAAGAUUGAUCUACAACAACCAGAGAGUACCAGUCCUCCUGAGGCCCACAGCAAGGACAGGAUAAAAAAAUAUUCACAGAGUGUUGGAAACUCGUCAUCUUUUGAUGCUAUGUCCCCUGGAUCGUCUGGUGCUACUUCAAACAGAGAGGUCAGAUCACGUUACCGUAAACGUGCCAAACACAAACGUCGGCUAGCUCGUAGACGCUCGCCUUUUAAGAAAAGUGCGGAAGUGGACUAUUGGACCUGCUUCCCUUUGUCCCCUGUGGGCCCAAGCAGGCCCUUGCACUCAAAGUCCAUGGAUAAGUCUCCUACAGAGGAUGGGUCAAAGGGCAGCAUGAAGAGGAGGACCCAUGACACAUCAGGCCACCAGGACACUGUCCAUACUCAUCCUUCCACCCCAGAGAAACCCUCAGGGUUCCUGAGGAAGAUCCUGAAGAAACGUCCCCAUAAGGAGCCUCAGACCCCUGACGAUGUAGAACUGACCAUGGCCCAGGCCCUGAUUGAACGAGGAGAAGACCCGGCUAGUGGAGGUCGGGCGGUGAGCCGGAACCCCACCAUCAAGAUCAGCCGGGCCACACGGGUCUCAGAGCAGUGGAACGCCUCAUUGGACCGGGAGAUUACCAACGCCAACGAGCUCCGACAUCUGGAUGAGUUCCUGGGGAAUCAGGUGAAUGACUUCCGCUCCAGGGGGAAGCAGUUGUCUGCAACCGAGCACAUCUUUGUCACAGCCACCAUGCAGUUCAGAGAGACCAUCAAGGGAAUGUACUCUCUCCCAAAACCCCACAUUGGCUACAACGGUCUGAUGCGUGGCUACCAGAACAAGGUGAUCAGCCUGGCCGGAGACAAGCAGAAGGGUGAGGUGCAGCUGGUGGUCAACCUCUUUCAGUCUGUCCUGGACGGCUUCAUACGAGGAGAGAUCAAGAAGGAGGAGGCAGAACCAGCUAAGCCUGAUAAAACUCGGAAGAAGAGGCGUAAAAAAUACAAGAGUAUGGAGAACCCUUUGGACCAUGUGUUCAGCACGUACCAGGUUAACAUCAUGCAGUCCUGUGACCAGUGCAGCUCCUAUAUCUGGGGCAUGGAGAAAGCCUGCAUGUGUAGCUAUUGCAAGAUGGUGUGCCACAAGAAGUGCCUCUGCAAAAUUGUCACAGACUGCUCCACGUUUUGUGUCAAAAAGAGUGAUGAGGAGUCUGGAGGCCUGCACUUUGGGGUGCGAGUCUGUCACCUGACCAGCGACAAAAACACUGUUCCCAUGGUGCUGGAGAUAAUGCUGGAGCACGUGGAGAUGAACGGCCUGUACACGGAGGGGAUCUACCGCAAGUCUGGUUCUGCCAACCGCAUGAAGGAGCUCCACCAGCUAAUGGAGACUGACCCCCACGCUGUGUGCCUGGAGGACUACCCCAUCCACACAGUGACGGGGCUGGUCAAACAGUGGCUGAGGGAGCUGCCUGACCCCCUCAUGACCUUCAUUCAUUACAAUGACUUCCUUCGGGCCGUAGAACAUCCUGAAAAGCAAGAACAGCUACAUGCCAUCUACAAAGUGUUGGAACAACUCCCCACCGCAUGCUUCAACACCUUGGAAAGGCUCGUCUUCCAUCUAGUCAGAGUGUCUAAGGAGGAGUCUCACAACCGCAUGUCUCCCAACUCCCUGGCCAUCGUGUUUGCCCCCUGCAUCCUCCGCUGUCCCGACAGCGCCGACCCGCUCAUGAGCAUGAGGGACGUGGCCAAGACCACCACGUGUGUGGAGAUGCUGAUCAACGAGCAGAUCCGAAGCUACAACGAGAAGAUGGAAGAGAUUGAACAGCUGGAGUAUGCCGAGGCUCUGGCCGUCAACCAGCUCAAACUCAAGAGGCAGAACACGCUGCACUGGCAUUUGCCCCUCAGGUUUUCUGCUCCGUACAAAGGAGUGGUGGUGCAUGAGAAAGAGUGCUCUGACCCGACUGUGGUCCCUGGGAACGAUGUUCCGCUGGACUCCGAUACGGAGGCUGAGAAGAACCUGAUGGCGCGCAUCAAGUCCAUCAAACAGGAGAAGGAGGAACUAGCCUACAGACUGCCAGAGCUGGAGCAGCCUGGUUCAGACCAGGAGAACCUGGAUUCUGAGGCGUCGGUGAGCUCUGAGAGCCUGCUGGACGAGCGCUGCCACAACUCUGAGCCCGAAGGUCUAGACAAGCUGUGGUGAAACUGGUGGUGCAUUUAAAGAGGGUGGCGGAGGUCUGCUCUCUAGCAGGCCGAGCUGACCUUGCCCAGAGACCUAAGGCCCCAGGGGACAUUCCUCUCUCUGCAACCUAGUCUCCUCUGGCUCCACCUCCCGGCCACAACGCCAUCGCCCCAUCAUCCUCGGCACAGUAAAGCUGCCGCCGGGCAUCCGCUCGCAGCCCCCCGCUGCGGCCCUCAACCCCUCCUGCCAGCCGUGGCUUCAACCUGAUCAAGAGGCGGAAACAGCCCGCCCGACGCAAAGACGGCACCCAGUCCCUGUACAUCAGUCCAGACAAAGGCCUGUUCCCCUCUCCCACCUCCUCCCUCUCUAGCUCCACACCACAAAGUCUCCAGGCCACCAGCAAGGCCCUCAGACGCUUCUCAGACCCCGACAUCCCCUAUAGUGACCCAGCUUGACACAGACAGGAGGCAGAAUAGAACUCGCUAAGGAACUGGAUAUCUAUGGUGGGCCCCCCUCGGUCCCUCGGUCUUGAGGAGUCUGUUAUUGUCACUGUUGCCAUGGACACGGAUCAUGGAUGUGUGUUUAUAUACUUGUGACUUAUGCCUGGUAAUAACAGGAUGUGUCACCAAGCACUUUUUCUACACUUAAUAUAUUGUUGUAGUUUUUUAAGAGACAAAUUAAAUCAAGUUUGCGCGGCCGCAUGGACUCUAUGGACAAAUGUUUUCUUUUUUAAAUACUUAGUUUUCAUGAGGAAAAACUGCAGGCAAUUGCACAUUUCCAUUCCACGGUCUCCUUAUGAGAAGACCCAAACAGUUUGCUCAAUGUAAAGUCAAUAGUGCCUUGAUUUGCACAUUGUCAGUGUACAAAUUCGUUGGUAAUUUCUACUUUUUAAUAUUCGAUGAGGGGGGUAUGUAUCUUUGUAUGAUACUCUUGUGCUGAUUCAAGGAAAUUGUACCAACUCGAGACAUUCUCGAACGAGGACCAAAACACUUGUGAUCCAGUUAUGGGGCCUUGAACAGCCUUCUCGUGGGAAAUGGAUUAACGCCACGUUCUUCCCUCUCCCACCAUUUCCUCCCUGUAUAGGAACUGCUUUCACUUGUCAAAUGGGAGCAGCACUAGCCACUUUCCUCCUGGAUGAAAACCCGCUAAACCCUGGUCAAGGUCUGCAUGCCAUGUCUUAUAAAUGGACCUUUUUUUUUAGAUUCUACUUUCUGUAGCGUUUCUGCAGCUACAUACAUAUGGCUUCAGUCAACUGUACUGUACCUGCCACUAUGUCAAUUGAAGGGUCAGGAUCACUAUCAACUACAGAGAACCCCUCUUCAAAAGUUGUUUGACAUGUAAUACUAAUGAGUGAUUCCUCACGGAACCAGACUCCAAAAAAACAUGCUUUUGGGGAGUUUUCACGAAUUGUAAUCUAUGGAAUAGUCCUUUGGAGGAAGGAUUGUCAUAUAUUUGACAUUUUGUAUCUAAAAGCAUAAUUUGAGAAAUAAUGAAUCAAAGUUGGCAUAUGUAUGUCAUUUUGGACCUCACAUAAGGCCUCCUUUUGAAGCUCCAUGAUGUUUUAUCUGUAGAUGCUAAAGUAAAGAUUGGUGUCAUAUGAAGCUCUACCUCUACCUCUUGCUCUGUAAUGUGAGUAGUAUUUAAAUUUCAAUAAGACAUUUUUUUACAUUAAUUGAUGAAUAUUGACAAAUUGAAUAUUGAAAAUAUAUAUAUUUUUUUAUUUGGCCUAUUUAUCAAUAUAUUGUUGAACAUACUUUAGUCUACGUGCAUAUCAAAGUUCAAGAGUGGGAUCUCUUAGUUUAAGUUAUGGCCCAUUUUUAUCCAGAGAAAUUGACGUAGUAGGCAUUGUAGCCAAUCACAGCCCUCCUUUUACUUGUAUCAUUGCACAUCCUGAAAAUCACCAGCAGGAAUCUAUUUUCACUUUCACUCUGUUGGUAAUGCUUACAAAUUGGAUCAUAACGCUAAAAGUAACAGACACCCCAGUCUGGAACUUUGAUAUGCCCGCAGAGUAUAUUAUGUUCAACAAUAUAGGUAUCGAUAGCAAUGAUUCUCAUCUAUCAUUGCUUAAUAAUCACUGCUCUAUUGGACAUAACACCUGAAACAUCUCAUUUUUAAAAAGUCUUGUUCGUAUGUUUUUUUUUUAGACCUUUGAGCUAUUGCUCUGGUUAGGAAAUAGUCCAUGGGUUAGCACAGGACGAUAGCCUAGCUCCUUCUGCAUCGCUAGAGCUAAUAGACGCUUGAGGGACCUGUAUUAUGAGUCUAAUGCAUUAUCAAAUGCCUCCUAGCGUGUAGAGGAGAACCAACACAAUCGACCAAGCCAUUGUUAACGUGUUCAAAAUGUGAACCUGAACUGAUCAUUUUGGGUACCUGUCUGGGGUUAUUAGUAGGACCCCAGAGCAAAGCGUUAAAGCUUCAUAUGACACUAAUUGUUGCUUUGUAGCAUCUACAGAUUCAACAUUAUGGAGUGGUAAAGGAAUAAAGACAACAUGUCAAAUAUCCCAGUAAUACUUCUUCCAAUGGAUUACAUUUUGUGGGGGGGUGGGUGUGUCUGGGUUUUGUGAGGAAUCACUGUCCUUCUGACUGCUGUUUGAUGUUGUAUGUCUGUGCCUGCAUACUGAGAAUGCCAAUUUGGAAUGUCUGGGAUUGAAUGGUGUGAAUUGAAUGAUGUGAUGUAAUGAAUAUUAACAGGACAAUACAGUACAUGCUUGUAUCCCAUGAUGUGGUCUUUUAAUUUUUGGGAUUUACCAUUGAUUCACCACUAGGCGGAGACAAUAAGAAACCAGUGUAGUGAAUCUGGAUGUUCAUUAUUGAGAGGUCAACCCAUGUAGUGAGGCAGCUAAUGAUAUAAGCAUCCAAUACAAGUGACUCAAAAACAAAGGUGCUGUAUGGUCUUCCUGAUUUUUAUACCAAUGUAUGUAAGGAAUCCUACUUGUGAUUAUUCUCUCUAAACUAAAAGCAGAAUCUUGUAUCACGAGACUGUGGCACAUUUUGUUUUUGUCUGUCCUUACAGUAUGAGGAAGUUAUCAAAGUGAACUAAGAUAACAGGGACUGUUGAUCAUUUACUCCAACGAUAAAGGCUUGCACUCCCUUUUCCCCGUAUUGCACUGUCUAUAGUUUCCACAACACUGCCUACAGCAAACUUUGAUACUAGCGUACGUGAGAUUUCAUAACUUUUAUAAAACCUUGACCAGCAAGAGUGCCGUUUUAGUAAAUAAGUUUUUAUUCACUUACAAAACAAUGCGCUUUUCACUUGCGCUGCAGCUGCAAUGAAUGAAUAGCCAAGUGUAUCGAUAGCCCUGCAUUUUGUUUGUUUUAAUAUCAUGGAAUAUUUCAAAAUCUCUGGUCAUAGGAACAAUAUUUGUGCAUGAGGCAGAUGUGGAAGCGGUGCGACUUCAGUUAGAGGUGUCCCCUCUGGAGGAAAGAGGCGGACUCUCUGCUGCUCUCCCUCCAGAGACUAAUGCAGUGUUCAAAACUGAUCUCAGAGCGUUCUAGACAACUGAAAAAAACCGAGAUCUGACUGGGAAAUUAGUUUUGAAUGAUCAUCCACUUCGGAAUUCAAAGUUCGUAACUCUGGCAUCUUUCUGACCUGAAGAUCACUGACGUCAUUUGACAGUUUCUUUUGGAGUUCACUUUUGUUUUGAAAGCACCAUGACCAUCAGAUGCAGUUACUAUCAGCCCAGUAAAAUAAAAACUUUAAAUUUAUGCUCAUCUGUGCCUCAAGUGCUACACCAACUGAUCUAUUUUAUCAAAGCUUGUUUUGAAAUAUACGGUCUGAGAAGAACAAUAUUGGCAUGCCAGGCAUAUAGCCAAUGGUGUGAAUGUAUUAGGCUACUGCACAAACAUUCCUACAGAGCUGUUUUUAUAGUUACAUUUAAGUCAUGUUUAUAAAAUAAUGUAGAUCUUGGCUUGCUUUUUGACUAAGGUUGGUGAUCACUGUAAGAAGUACCAACUGCUGUUAGGCUUCGAAUAUAGAGAAUAUGUACUAAACACAUGGACAAGAUCUGACAAGGCCCCAAAAAAGACGCAUUUAAUACAAUUGCACAUGUAUUGAUGCACACAUUGAGGGUGCUUUGAUUUUUACCUCUAGUCAUCUGCUGCAGCAAAGGAACAGACUUGGGGGAGUGACAGUGCUGGGGAGCAUUGUGCCAAAGGACAUUACCACCACCACUCAAACAAGUCACAGUUCAAAUUGUGGAAAUCAAAACAUUUGGGCGGAGCACAUCUGAAAAAGAGGGUGUCAAAGCGUUUAACAGCUCAACUUCUACACUUAGACCAUACAGCAGUGUGACAGUCUUGAUCUGAAAGGUAUCCACCCUGGCAGGCAUUUUGAACAUUAAACCCAUUCAUGCGUUUCACCAAAUAGUGCGCCAGGGAACCACUGUUAAUGUGACAGCAUUGUGUAUUUGGAAGAGCUCCAAACCUAGGGAGGGGUACAUCAAACAGCCCUACUGUAGAAGCUUGAGGAAUGUGUAAAUACUUGACAGAUUUUACAAGGGUCUUUAAUUGUAAAAUCAGAUGCAGUAGUAUUGAGAAAUGUACAAAUCAGGUGACAUAAGUACACUAUGGCUAAAAGAUUAUCCAUGUGUUGAGUCUGCAUAAGUUACCAGGUGGCACUAGAGCAGGGCUCUCCAACCCUGGUCCUGGAGAGCUACAGGAUUUUUGUUGUAACCAACCCUGGUCCUGGAGAGCUACCUUGCUGUGGGUUUGUUGUAACCAACCCUGGUCCUGCUAGUGGCUAACGCUAGACCCGGAUGUUGUGUAGCUGCCAAAACACAAGAUUGUCUUUAUAUUAAAACAGUGGAGUAAAACAAAGUUGCCGGCUAGGCAACAUUCUACAGUAUGUUUCAGGAAGUGAAAGGCACAGGUUAAUGUACUGCAAACUGAUUUUAUUGAGUUUGGUAAUGGUCACAUGAUCCAACGAGAUCUUUCCCAAACAAAGCACAUUCAUUGAGUAGCAGGCAGAUGCAGUAUGUGUGAUAGUUUACACCGUCAGAUGAGAGCUCCAACAUGUGGGGUUGGUUCUCCUCAUAGAAAACCCUGAUGUCACCGUGUUUUGAGCAGAGAACAAGCCCGUUAGUGAACUGAGUCGAGUUCAGCAACACCACAUAGCUCAAAAUAAUCCUACCACAGCACUAGUUUGUCAUUCCAUUAGAAUAUAAAACUGCUCGGCAAGGACAAACUGGCACUUCCUCACUGGCCAACAUUAAGACAAACUCUGGGGGACAAAGCUUCCCCACGCUCCCUUUACUGGGCAUACAUUAUCCAUCUAGGCAUACUAUCCAGACAUUUCCAGAGCAAGACCUUCUGGUUCAUUAGUUCAAGUUAACUGAAUGAAGCAGAAAGUAACUCAAAUGUUUUUGCCUUACGAGUGUCCUGGAUACCAGUUUAGAUUAGGUUCUUAUUCAAAUUCACAAUGCCCUGUCAACACCCUCCAAACACAAGAUUGCAUUA